CAAAUUCAUGAGACACAUGUGCAGCUGGGAAGCGGGCGGCCAUUAAAGCGGCGUGAUUUGUUUGCUGCCUAACGUAAAUUUAUAUACAAAACAGAAAAUGAUUAAGGCUAUUUUGAUUUUUAACAACCAUGGAAAACCACGACUUAUCAGAUUUUAUCAGUAUUUUGCUGAGGACAUGCAGCAGCAAAUAAUCAGGGAAACAUUUCAUCUUGUGUCGAAGAGGGACGACAAUGUGUGCAAUUUUUUGGAAGGGGGAAGUUUAAUUGGUGGCUCUGACUACAAGCUGAUCUACAGACAUUAUGCAACUCUUUACUUUGUAUUUUGUGUGGAUUCCUCUGAAAGUGAGCUGGGAAUUUUGGAUUUAAUACAGGUUUUUGUGGAAACACUUGAUAAAUGCUUUGAAAAUGUUUGUGAACUGGACCUAAUUUUUCACAUGGACAAGGUCCAUUAUAUCCUGCAGGAGGUGGUGAUGGGGGGGAUGGUGCUGGAGACCAACAUGAAUGAGAUAGUGGCCCAGGUGGACGUUCAGAACCGCAUGGAAAAGUCAGAGGGUGGCUUGUCUGCUGCCCCAGCACGGGCCGUGUCUGCAGUGAAGAACAUGAACCUUCCAGAAAUCCCUCGUAACAUCAACAUCGGCGAUAUCAACAUCAAAGUUCCCAGCUUGUCCCCAUUCUGAGGUCAUUGCUGGAAAAAUCCGUUUUGUUCUCAUCUAAUCUAAUGUAACAAAGAAUAGCAAUAGUUCAUUGGAUAUGUGGACAGUCCUUGUUUUUCGGUAGAUGUCCUGUGGCGGUCACCCCUAUAAAAGAUCCUCUUCCAGUCUUGUCUUACUCCUGUGGCCGUGUCUGUUUCCAAUCUGCGAAGGAAAGACGAUUGGUGGAGUGUUAUAAUAGCAACCAUUUCUGUCCAUAAACCAUAGAGACGGCUUGUUUUGUUUUACCCAUCAUCCUCAUCAUCUCUGUUCACAAGAAGAAUGCAAUGACUGUAUUAUUUCAUCGGGAGGAAAAGACCACACUUGCUAUGCAGUCUUUUCCUGUUACAUGGUCUGUAGAUUGAAAGCAAUUUGUGCUUUACAUACAUUAACCUCGGUUGUUCUAGAGAAUGCCUGUCCCUGCUUUCUCACAGUAUGUUGCUUUGGAUAGAAGUAUCUGAUAAAUGCAUGUAUAAUAUGUAAAUAUAACCUGCUUCUGAAUAUGGAUAAAAAAAAAAAACAGUAAUAUAAGGUCUGUUUGGUUUCAAGCAAUGGAGCUGCGACUGAUUGACUUCUGGGUCAUUUUUUAACAGCGGCUUUACAGCUGUUUCAUGUUUUUAAAGAUGGGGUGCAGCUUCUCCAUAAGAGCAUGGAUAAAAAGCUUUGAUUGCGUCAGUGGAGCCCGAGAUUUGGUCUUAUUGGGAACACUUGCUGCAUUUGUCUGAAUGUUCAUGCUGAUGGUUGAAGCAUGAGGUAGACGACUCUCAGUGCUUUGUCAGCUUGCUCUCGAGUGCUGGAGGAAUGAGUCACUUGUAUGUCUCUUUGGGCAAAAGUGUUUGCUGAAUGAUGGUAAUGUAAUCUUGCAGCAGUGCUGGUUAUGUGGAGCAACUGUCCAGGGCUUUGACUCUAAUACGGCUGUUUAUUCCCUGUAAACACAACAGAAUUCCAAAUCAGCCAUCCUCUCUCCAUGUUGUUCUUGUUUUUACCAUAAUAUACAAACAUGCCUGCAGCUUGGGAACUUUUUGUGUGUCUGUAUCUGCGUGUGAGUGAUAUACAGUCAUGGAGAAAAUUGCAAACUGCAGCCUGGUUCUUCCCUGCUUCUCAUUAAUGAAGGGCUUCUUCCUUGCUUUAUGAGACUUCAGUCCUGCUUCUAGGAGCCUGAUACACACUGUCCUAGCUGUGCACCUCACACCUG